AUGGCCUGCUCAUUUCGGACCUUGCAUGAAAUGAUAUAUUCCAGCGUUGUCAUUCCACUGAACCGAGCGAACGUCCUGUCCCCGCUUCGCACAGAUGGAGCUUUCGGCAACAGUAAUCAUCAUCGGACAUGUGAUUGCGAGCACAUAUCUCACAACCCCGGCUCGGAAGCAGGUGUUAUCGAGCCGCUCGGCGGAACUAGUACAACCUUAGCAUGCGUUGCGGUAUCGUCAAUAGUCUGGGUAGUCAUACUCGAGCUGCAGACAUGCACAUGUGCAAUUGAUAUGUGA